AUGGCGACGCGCAGUCUCACUGAUCGAAUUCGUCCUGUUUUAGAAAUCAGACAAAACUCCCUGGAGGUCACUGCGCUGUUGAAAUCUCAGCUUGAACUGCCUCAGAAUGUCACAGACGUCCCCCGGUCCUGCGGGCUUUUGUCUGAAAGGGAACUGGAUCUAACCGAGAGAUAUGAUGCUACUGGUCUCGUUCAAAUGCUUGCAGCGGGAAAGGUCACGGCCAAGGAGCUUUUGAUCGCUUUUAGAAAACGAGCAACAAUUGCCCAGCAAUACGUAAGCGCCCUAUUUUGUGUCUGGAUUGUGGGUUAG